UAGCGGCGUCGGACGUACACGUUGUUGCAAUGUGCACGCGUUUUCCGAGCAGAUAGAACUAUUAGAAGAUACAUUCGGAUAUAAUUACAGUAGUGUGUUUGCAUCGCGGAUACGUGUUGCUACCAGGAUUACGCCGUACGUGGUGCACGCGUGCUUCUUUUCGCGCGAGACUUGAGACAGCGCGUGAAUGUAUAAGAGUUAGCCAUUGCAUACCAGCACUACAUACAUGUGUGUCAGCAGAAGGCGAGGAGAUGACCUAGUCAUGGUUGAGCAGCAUUAGAAAAUUAACCGGCCAAGUUGUCUAGAUUGUGGGAAAGCCGCUGCUGCUACAGCUGGUAAAGAUGGAUGGCCGGACUAUGUACGGCCUAAUACAUUGGAGGACGAAAAUGAAAAUGUUCCUCCUAUUCCUGAUCGUUUUCCAUGGCACUCUGGUGCUAGGUGAAAGCGAGAACGAAUCCGUCGGAGUGAAUUACCUGAGCACGGUGACCGAGAAAGUGUCGCUGAGGGUAUCUGAAAACCAACCCAGCGGCACGUUCAUCGGGAGAAUUCCCGUGAAGCCGGGCUUCCAGUACAGGUUCAACGACAACCCGGCGUACUUUGUCCUGAACGGAACGACGGGCGAAAUCACGACGAGAGUUGUCAUCGACAGGGAGAACCUAGCCGAAGACGUGAUGAACCUAGUCGUGCUGAGCAGCCAUCCGACGUAUCCGAUAGAAGUGAAAGUGACGAUCGCCGACGAAAACGACAACUCGCCGGAGUUUCCCGAUCGCAUGUUCAACAUCAAGUGGUCGGAGAACGCCGCCGUCGGCACGCAGUACAUUCUUGAUACGGCGAGCGACGCCGACAAAGGCGUCAACGGAAUAUCGACGAACUACGAGAUCGUCUCGGGCAACACGGACGACAAGUUCACGCUGGCGAUAACGGCAAGUCUGAGCGGCGACGAAGUCUACCUCUACCUGGAGAACCUCAAGCUGCUCGACAGAGAAGUGACGGACAACUACGUGCUGAACAUCUCAGCGCGGGACGCCGGAACGCCGGCGCGCUCUGGCCACGCGAUCGUCAACGUGACGGUGAUCGACUUUAACGACUCGCCGCCGACCUUUGACCACAGCGAGUACGCGGUGAGCAUCUCUGAGAACGCGGCGGCCGAGGCGAGCGUGAUGCGGGUGCGUGCGACGGACGCGGACGUCGGCGCCAACGCAGAGGUCAGCUACUACAUAACCGACGACACGGAGCAGUUCGCGGUCGAGCGCGACACGGGCAUCGUGCGCACGCUGCACGACAAGCUGCGCUGCAAGAAGAACAUCUGCGUGUUCACGGUGCAGGCGAAGGACCACGGCGUGCCAUACCUGACGGGCCGCGCCUACGUGACGGUGAACCUGAUCGACGAGAAUGACCACAGCCCCGAGAUAACGUUCCGCUAUAUCCCGGCUACGUCCGAUUACGCGACAGUCAAUGAAAACGCGCAGGAUGGCACCAUUGUUGCGCUUAUCAGCGUCGUUGAUAAGGACGAGGGUGACAAUGGUAGGUGCUCUGUAGCCAUCAAGGAGGGAAACGAACUGGGUGCUUUUCGCUUGGAGGACGCCUUUGGCUGGAGCCUGCUGAAAGUCAACAAGCAGAUCGACAGGGAAGAGAACAGUGUGUACAAUCUGACGAUCCUAGCGUGGGAUCACGGCGAACCGCCGCGCGAGUCUUCCGAGAACAUAAUCAUCGUCGUCAACGACGUCAACGACCACACGCCGACGUUCCUCAAGUUGGAGUACGUCGCCGUGCUAUCGGAGUCCGUGCCGACGGGGAGCUUUGUCGCGAGCGUGUCCGCGACCGACGCCGACACGGGAAUCAACGCGAAGCUCACGUACAGCAUCGUGUCCGGCGACAGUCACGGCUGGUUUGCGAUCAUCGCCGACUCGGGGCUGAUAACGACGGCGCGCCGGCUGGACAGGGAGUCGUCCGCGAUGAUGACCCUCAACGUGUCCGUGAACGACGGCGGGCCGAGUCCGCACAUCAGCUACGCAAAGGUGACCGUCCAGAUCCUCGAUGAGAACGACGAGACGCCCGCGUUCACGGAAUCCGUCUACAACGUGUCGGUGUCCGAGAGUCUCCCGCCGGGCAGCGCCGUUGCCGCAGCAACGGCGAUCGACAACGACGACGGUCCAAACGGAACCGUCGUAUACGCGUUCGACUCGGACGUCGAGAUGAAAUAUCCGGGAACGUUCCUCCUCGAUUCGGCGACGGGGAAGAUCUCCACGCGCGUGCUGCUGGACAGGGAGAAGCGCGACUUCUACAGUCUGGGCGUGAUCGCGAGAGACGACGGCCGGCCGCCGCUGUCCUCCUCCGCGGCGGUGCACGUCACUGUGACCGACAUCAACGACAACUCCCCCAUCUUCUACCCGACGCACUACUUUGCGAGCGUGCUCGAGAACCUCCCCGCGGGCACCAUCGUCACGAAGGUCGACGCUUACGACCUUGACGCGGGCAGCAAUGGGCGCGUGCACUACGAGAUCACGGGCGGCGCCGACGGAAAAUUCCAGAUCGAUCCGGACAGCGGCGCGAUAAAGACGAGCGCGAGCCUCGACCGCGAGGUGACGCCCGUCUUCAAGCUCACGCUGCGGGCAAGGGACGCCGGCGGCAGGGAGAGCGCCGAGCUCGCAAUCGUCGAAAUCAAGGUCAGCGACGUGCACGACACGCCGCCGGCAUUCUCGCGUCGCCGCGGUUACGGCUUCAGCAUCGUCGAGGAUGGAGAGCGGCCCGACGUCGGGCGGUUCGUCGGGGCAGUCGAAGCGACGAGCACGCUGUCGCGGGCGACCGUGUCGUACGCAAUCGCAUCGGGCGACCAUCGCGGGAUGUUCCGCGUCGACGCGAGCAGCGGGGCCAUCAGCACAGCAAAGCCGAUCGACCGGGAGCAGGAGUCCGUCUACCACCUCAUCGUCGUCGCGUCCGACGGGUCCGUGCCGGCGAAGACCAACGUGACGGUGACCGUGCUGGACGUCAACGACAACGCGCCGUACUUCGCGAGCCAGUCCGUCGACGUGCACGUCUACGAGAACUGGCCCGUCGGACACGAGGUGUACGUCGUCGACGCGCGGGACGACGACGAGGGCGGCAACAGCCGCAUAACGUACGAGCUCGAGGACAACCCCGGCGGCAUGUUCCGCAUGAACGCCGUCACGGGCGCCGUGUUCCUCAACAAGCCCGUCGCGUCGUCAGCGCGCGAGAUCUACCACGCGAAGGUGCGGGCGAGCGACAACGGCGUGCCGCGGCUCUCGAGCAGCCUCCGCGUCGCCGUGCACGUGCACGACGUCAACGACCACACGCCACGCUUCACGAGGCCCGCGUACGCGACAUCCGUGCGUGAGUCGGCGCCGCUCAACCACCGCUUCAUCACCGUCGACGCGCGCGACGACGACACGGGGCCGGACGGCGUUGUCUCCUACGCGAUCACGGGCGGCAACGCCGACGGAAAGUUUGGCGUGUUUCCCGACGGGUUCCUGUACGUGCAGAGCGGGUUGGACCGCGAGACGAGGGACCGCUACGAGCUGACGGUCACCGCGACCGACCACGGCCUGCAGCCUCGCAGCUCGACGGCGCGCGUCGUCGUGCACGUUGCCGACGACAACGACAACGCGCCGGCGUUCGGCAACGCGACCUACGCGUUGCGCAUCGGCGAGAAUCUCCCGCCGGACACGCUGGUUGGUGUCGUCUCGGCGACCGAUGCCGACCUCGGCCGCAACGGCGAGGUGUCGUACGCGAUGGCGACGCGGCAGGGCGACUUCGCCGUCGACGCGCUGACCGGAGAGAUCCGGACUCUCCGGGAUUUCGACCGGGAAGUGCUCGUCGAGCUGACCGGAGACGACUUCUUCACCGUUGAGGUGUCGGCGUAUGACAACGGCGUUCCCCGGCUGCGCUCGCACGCGACGGUCGUCGUGUACGUCGUCGACGCGAAUGACAACGCGCCAGCGUUCGACCAGGACGUCUACGAGAUAUCCGUCUCCGAGAGCGCGCCGGUCGGAGCGCCGCUGCUGCGCGUCUCUGCGGCGGACGCCGACGCCGGCGCCAACGGCGACGUAGUCUACGAUGUCGUUGGCGGCAACGAGGAGCGCGCGUUCGCGAUCGACUCCGGCAGCGGCAAGGUGCGUCUCGCGCGGCUGCUCGACCGCGAGACGGCGUCUCGCUACGAGCUCGUCGUGCGGGCGCAGGACGGUGGCGAGGACGUGCAUCUCAGCACGACUGCGCUCGUCGUCGUCAUCGUGCAAGACGCCAACGACAACGCGCCGACGUUCUUCGAGCAGACUUACGGCGCGCGCGUGUCCGAGGCGGCCCUCGUCGGCAAGAGCGUCGGACGCGUGGACGCCGUCGACGACGACGAGGGCGACAACGCCGUCGUCACGUACGCGAUCGUCGCCGGAAACCAGUAUGAGACGUUCGGCAUCGACGGCCGCACCGGCGAGGUCUUCCUCGCCAAGCGUCUCGACUACGAGCAGCUGUCAACGUACACCCUCAACGUCUCCGCGGCCGACCACGGCGUACCGGCGCUCACAUCGUCCGUCGCGUUCGUCGUCGACGUCGAAGACUUCAACGAUAAUGCACCGGUGUUCUCGUCCGGUCCUGCGGUGAGACAGAUUCUCGAGGGCAUUCCGAUCAACAGCGCCGUGUUCACGGUGUCGGCGACGGACCGGGACAGCGAGAACAACGGCCGUGUCGAGUACUCGAUCGUGAAGCAGGAGCCGAAGGGCGCUCACUUCCGCAUCGACGCGCAGACGGGAACAAUCUACACGAACGGCGAGAUCGACCACGAACAGCAGGCGAUGUUCAAGCUGAUCGUGCGCGCGAGCGACAUGGCCGACGCGCCGGCGGACCGGCUCGCCGCGACCAAGCUCGUCACGAUCCUCGUCGAAGACGUCAACGACAACGAGCCCAAGUUUGUCUCCAUGGACGCUGCGGUGGUUCCCUCUACCGCGCCGAGCAACCACCUCGUGACGAAGGUCGCCGCGGAGGACGCCGACGACGACGACUUCGGGGAGGUGUUCUACGAGAUCGUCGAUGGCGACCGCGACGUCUUCCAGCUAGAUGGCAGCACGGGGUACCUGUACACGCGCUCGCCGCUCGCCGUCGACGUCGCCACCUACUCGCUGAGCGUUCGCGCGUCGGAC